AUGUCCCACUCUCGUGGCAGAAGGAAAGCCGAGUCUGAGCGCUGGAAACAUCAUCAAGGUACCCCGACUCGUUUGACUUGUUUCCCAGUCGAAGAGACGCGAUCCUCACCUGUACGCGCACUAAACCCGCAGCUCGACAUACUCGAAAAAGCCUUCCAAGACUGCGCCGAUCCAUCCAAGGCCUUCACCACACGGGUGCUUCAGGAGCUCGCUGCCCAAACUGGACUGAAAGUCAAAUGGAUUCGAGCGUGGUGGACGCGUACUCGCCUCCGAUUCCGUUCGCACCCUGAACUACGAUUUAACAGCACUCUCCAUGGGCCCAGUCCGCUGUCAAAUCCCAGCAUUACUGCAGAAUCCUUGCCUGACCUCAAGCCGGUUGAUGAGUCGCAGUGGCCAACACAUUUUCUGGUGUCUAGAAUCGAAAGCAAGCCGACUCCUCCUCCACCACAACCUCGCCCAGUCCGUUCAAAUGCAAUGCGCUCCCCUCUCGCCCCGACUUCUGCGAAUCCCAAAACACUUUCAAACUACCCUCCAAAAGCCACACUAUCAUAUCAAAAUGUUUAUCCCACCCACAGCAUGCGACACGCUCCGUAUCGUCUUCCGUCCAAUUCUCCUCAUGAUCGUUCACUACCUCGCACUUCUACAAUGCGUCCAGCAAUAACACCAUCGCACCCGCAAAUGCCACAGAGUCGACCCUCACAAAGCCACAUCCAACGUCAACGUAUGCAACACAAUCAAUACCCCCCUCAAAAUCUGGCUUUUCAUCAACAUCAGCACUUCCACUUGAGCAGCAACUGCGUGUCUAAUAUGAACGACCAGAAUCAAACACAACCGGAUUUGUUCCAGCAAAUUAUGCGCAAUAUUGAAGCUGAAAGCGAGAACAUGGUUCCACAGGAUUUAGAGUUGAGUGUAGGAUCUGAUCCGUCUCGUGCGCAACUGCCGACGUUACCGCAGAGCAAUGGCAUCCUGGCGGCGGACAACAACAACGACAGUUCUGAGGACUUGUUCAUGCAGCUCAUGCGCGAAGCGGUUGCUGAAAACGAAAACAAGUAUCAAGCUAUUCUCGAGGACGCGACGAACAGACAGUUUUGGGGUGUGGGCAAUAACGCCACGACAGUGGACGAGUUUUUGUGUUUCUGAGUAA